AUGGGUGGCAAGAAGAUCUCGGAACGCUCGAUCAAGAAAAAGUCGGGCCCAACCCAUCCGUACUCGAGGAGAGCGACCCAGCUGGCCAGAGUCGCCCAUCGCAAGGACAAGCUCAACCAGGCCAAGUCCGUCCGGAGUCGCUCUUCCAACGCCAAAGUCGACCGCCUCUCCACUCUCAUUCUCAUGCUGCCCGACGACAUCGAUGCACUGCCAGAUCUCGCAGCUGUACACGCUUUCGUGAAAGACAACUUCCUCACACGGCACCACGACGAGCUGGAAGAGCUCAGAGCAGAUAGGAGACCUGGUCGACCUCCUCACAAGCGCGAGGUCGAGCUCAAGGAAGUCAUCGCCAAAGAGCUUCAAGAAUACAACGAAGGCUUAGAGAUUCCAGACUUCACCAAUGCAACCAAUGUCAAGCUGCUCCGCGAAUGGCAGGGUGACCCGCAAGCACUCCCCCUCUUCCGAAUGGUUCGCAUCAGCGGCAACGAUCCCGACCAAUGCAAGCUGAUGCACACUGGCACCCACAAGCUGCUCACGCUCGAGCUAGAGCAGCAACAAAAGUCGAACGCAGAGACCGAGAUGGACACGACUGAUAUCGCCGCAGAUGCCAACGCCUCGGAGUUCCAGCGCGUCGGCGAGUUUGCGCAGAUGGGUUGA